CUGCAAAACAAGAUCCAUUUCUGUUUCACAUUCUCUUACAGGAACAGACACUACUGCGAGGUCGAGAAUGAGUCCCUCUGUCCUGCUGUCUGUCUGUCCUGCUGGCCAGAGUUCCGAGGCAGCGGUCAGGGAAUGAGGGGUCCCUGGGGUAAGCAUGGAGCUUCUGCUUGGCUGGGGGCCACCCCCCUGCAGCCCGACGCCCACGGCUGACGUCCUGAGGCUGGCCCUGAGCCUCCUCCUUCUGAGAGCCCCCCCCUGCGCACUGGGGAUGCCCUCCUGCAAAGAGGAGGAGUUCUGGACGGGGGCCAUGUGCUGCCCCAAGUGCAGGCCAGGCUACCGGGUGCAGGAGGCCUGCGGGGAGUUCACGGGCACAAUGUGUGUGGCCUGCACGCCGGGCACCUACACUGCCCACCUCAACAGCCUACGCGAGUGUCUGCCCUGCCCCGUCUGUGACCCAGGCCUGGGCCAGGUGACCAGACGGAAGUGCUCCACCCAGACCAACACCGUGUGCGGCUGCGGGCAGGGCCACUUCUGUGUGCGACAGGACGGGGACUCCUGUGUCCAGUGCAGGCCCCACAGUGUCUGCCGCCCAGGCCAGAGGGUGCGGGAGACAGGCACCGAGUGGCAGGACACGCUGUGUGAAGACUGCCAGCCGGGCACCUUCUCUGCGGGGGGCACCCAGGAAUCCUGCACGCCCUGGGCUAAGUAGGUGACCCAGGUCCCAGGAGGCGCUGCCAAUGUCCCCCUGGGAAAUAAGGAACCCCCAGUGAGUAGACGGUGACCCCCCAGCCAUCCCGCUGACCAUGUGGCUCCCACACCGCUGUCACCUCAGCCCAGGGCCCAGUCAGCACAUCCCACAUGCGGGGCUCAGGGUGCUGUGGCCAGAGACCCACCCUGUGUCCCGGGGUGUCCCCAGGUGUCAGAGCUGAGGGGUCCUGCCAUUCGGAGUCAGGGGUGCACACACGAGGCUCCAGAGUGAGGAGUCCACUCCCCCGGAAACUGGAACCCCAGUGUCCACGUCCCUCCCUUCCAGCUGUGACCUGGCUGCCUAGUCUCUGGUGUGACUGCCACACGGAGGCUCUGGAUCC